AAGAAAAGAGGAAAAGGAGAGGAAACAAAAAAAGAGAGGAGAAAAAAGAAGGGGGAAAAAAGACCUUGUGAGCUAGCCAGUCAUGGCGGGUGAUCAACUUCAGGUUCUAAACGCCCUAGACGUGGCGAAAACACAAUGGUACCAUUUCACCGCCAUCAUCAUCGCCGGAAUGGGCUUCUUCACCGACGCUUACGACCUCUUCUGCAUUUCCCUCGUCACCAAACUCCUCGGCCGCAUAUACUACCACGUCGACGGCUCCGAAAAGCCCGGAACUCUCCCUCCCAACGUCUCCGCCGCUGUCAACGGUGUCGCCUUCUGCGGAACACUCGCCGGUCAGCUCUUCUUCGGUUGGCUCGGCGACAAGAUGGGCCGAAAACGAGUCUACGGAAUGACCCUCAUGCUCAUGGUCAUUUGCUCUGUCGCUUCAGGUCUUUCCUUCGGACACAACACCAAGUCCGUCAUGGCCACACUCUGCUUCUUCCGGUUCUGGCUCGGCUUCGGCAUCGGCGGGGACUACCCUCUCUCCGCCACCAUCAUGUCCGAGUACGCAAACAAGAAGACUCGCGGCGCAUUCAUCGCUGCUGUGUUUGCCAUGCAAGGGUUUGGGAUUUUGGCCGGCGGCUUGUUCGCCAUCAUCGUUUCGGCUUCGUUUAAAGCGAGAUUCGACGCGCCGGCGUACGAGUUCGACCCCGUUGGAUCGACUGUUCCGCAGGCUGAUUUCGUCUGGAGGAUCAUUCUAAUGGUCGGAGCUCUCCCUGCCGGGUUGACGUACUAUUGGAGGAUGAAAAUGCCAGAAACUGCUCGUUACACGGCUCUUGUGGCUAAAGAUGCGAAGCAGGCGGCUUCCGACAUGGCGAAAGUUUUGCAGGUUGAGAUCGAGGCUGAGCAGCAGAAAGUUGAGCAGAUGUCUAGGAAACCUGCCAACUCUUUUGGGUUGUUUUCUAAGGAGUUUUUGAGGAGACAUGGGCUUCACUUGCUUGGGACGACAAGUACUUGGUUCUUGCUUGACAUUGCGUUCUACAGUCAAAAUCUGUUCCAAAAGGACAUCUUUAGUGCAAUUGGUUGGAUUCCUUCUUCUAAGACCAUGAACGCUCUUGAAGAGGUUUACAGAAUCGCCAGGGCUCAAACUCUUAUUGCUCUUUGCAGCACCGUUCCUGGCUAUUGGUUCACGGUGUUCUUCAUUGACAAGAUUGGGAGAUUCGCUAUCCAAUUGAUGGGGUUCUUCUUCAUGACUGUCUUCAUGUUUGCCCUCGCAAUUCCUUACGAUCACUGGACUCAUAGGGACCACAGAUUCGGGUUCGUCGCGAUGUACUCGUUGACCUUCUUCUUCGCGAACUUCGGGCCUAAUGCGACCACUUUCGUUGUGCCGGCCGAGAUCUUCCCGGCCAGGCUAAGGUCCACUUGCCAUGGCAUCUCUGCGGCGUCGGGGAAGCUCGGGGCGAUGGUGGGCGCGUUCGGGUUCUUGUAUUUGGCUCAGAACAAGGACAAGGCCAAGACGGAUGCAGGGUACCCUGCUGGGAUUGGGGUGAGGAAUUCGCUCCUUGUGUUGGGGGUGGUCAACUUUUUGGGCAUGAUUUUCACUUUCUUGGUACCUGAAUCCAAAGGAAGAUCAUUGGAGGAAAUGUCAGGCGAGAAUGAAGAUGAAAAUGCUGAAGAAGUGGAGCUGGAACAACAAUCUGGUUAUAACAAUAGGAAAGUUCCGGUUUAGGCUUUCGGCCAUUUGUGUAAGAAAGAGUUAGUUUUUAGUGGAAUGCUCUAAGGCCCCCUUUUUUUUUUUGUUUUUUUUUUUUUAAUGUUCCAGUGAAUCUUACAUUUGUUAUGAUGCUCUAUAAUUUGCAAAAUAUAGCAAAUGUAGCUAUUACCAGUUUUACAUCAAGUCUCAAAUAAUUUUUCACUGCUCUGCCCUGAAGUUCCACUUCAGCCGAUUUUUGAAAAUAAUGUUCUAAAACAUCUACUUUCUUGUUUGGUAUGAGACUGAAGUCUA